AGUAAGAGAGUGUCAGGUCGACUGGAUCUAGCCUCAACAUCCUCGUGUAGAGCUGACCUUGCCCUGCUCCCCUAGAAUCAACACUUACACAGUCGACACGAACAGGGCUCCUUUUUAACAUGGAACUCGAACAUUGGUUGGGGUGAUAACUUCUUCAGUUUCGUAGCCAAGAGUAACGGGUGUGUGUUCAAGAAAGUCAAUCACGAGCGUUGGUCGCAAGUACUGUUCAUUAUGGAAGGUGAGCGAAACCCCGAGGUUCUGGACUACCGGAAUGAGAAUGGUCAUGGAUGGUCCUUCUACAGAAAUGACGGCCUUCUCCGGGCGAUUGUUACAACCCCUGAAGCUGAUAUGGAAAUGAUCCAAAAAGUUAAGAAAUUCGGACUUAGGGACGAUGACGUCUUGAUUGCAGCAUAUCCCAAAUGUGGUACCCACUGGUCGUGGGAAAUUGUCAACAUGCUCAGGGCCGGUAACUCUGAGUACAACAAGAAGGGGAAGGAAAUCGCCAUGUUGGGGAUGCCGAAGUUUGAGCGGGCUGAUGAACUCCCCUCCCCAAGAGUUCUAAAUUCCCAUCUAUUUUUCCGUCAUCUGCCGGAAAUGCUGGUGGAGAAGAAAAUAAAAACAAUCUUCAUCAUGCGAAACCCCAAAGAUGUCAGCGUAUCCUAUUAUAACCAUCUCAACGGACUAAAAGUGAGCGUUGGGUUUCACGGGCCGUAUUCAGAAUUUCUGGAUCUGUUUCUGGAAGGAAAAAUGAUGCUUGGUGAUUAUGUCGACUACGUGAAGGAUUGGCUGCAAGUGAAACAGGACAACCCGGACUUGCCAAUGUUGACAUUGUUUUAUGAAGACUUGAAAAAGGAUCCUGUUAAAAACAUCAGAACGGUUGCCGAGUUCCUUGGAUUGUCUGCCAGUGAUGAACUAUGUGAGCAAAUAGCAGAAGCGUGCAGCUUUAAGAAGAUGAGGGCCGCUGACACUGAAGUCAAGCAGCAUACCGGUAAUCCGUCCGACAUCUGGAAGGAAGGUCACCAAAGAAUAUAUAGAAAAGGUGAGAUUGGGGACUGGAAGAACUGGAUAACAGUUGCCCAGAGCGAAAAAAUUGAUAACGUCAUUGAGCGCCGAUUUGAAGGAACGGGCAUUGUAUUCACGUAUGAAUAACCGUUAUAUGGUGAUCACGGGGUUGUGGACACUGAUUGCCAAAUAUCAUCCAGGAAAUAUCUACAAACGUUUAGCUUUAUGUUGUAUGUUCAUGUCAAACCACAGAGUUUAACUUAUGACCCUUUCACAUUAUAUUGUUGACUCUGAAACCGAGGUAAAGUUUGGAUGAAUCAAUCAAUGUGAUUCAAGAUGGAUGUGGAUGAGUGAGUUCUGCCGUCAAGAAUUGUUACCCACGUAAUAACAGCAAAGGGAAAUAUAAGUAACUGAACAUUUACAAUGUAUUUACCGAUAUUUGAUUUUUAUACUGCAUGCUUUUAAAAAUGUUAUGGAGUUGAAGCUUGUAUUACUGUUUAUGACAAGUGAACGAAGAAUAAAUCAUAUUCAUGAACAUAA